ACGUGCCCGAGAUCCGCACCCUGAGGCCGUACGCGAGGAAGCUGUCGGGCGGAUUUAUCCAGUCCGAGAGCCUCAAUCUGUUCCCCGAGAUCACGCUUCUGGCCGACGACUCUCCCGUCCCGUCAGCCACGUACUUUGUCCGGCCCAUCUGCGCGGAGCAGAUCGACUUUUCCCUCGCUCGGAAGUGGCUGUCCACCUGCGAGUCGCACCACGACAAGACCUGCCAGGAGGCUGUCACCAUCCAGGAGAUGGGCAGGUCGCAUCCGGCGGACGAGAUCCCGGACUUUCGGUGCCUCGACGUGGAGCAGAACUGCCUGGUGAAGGUGCCGAGCGGGAGUCGCUACGCGGCGCUGAGCUACGUCUGGGGUCGCCAGGAGUUCUUCACCACCGUAAUGGCGAACGUCGAUGACCUUGAGCGGGCCGGAUCCCUGGAGGAGCGCGAGUAUCUGAAGCAGAUACCGCAGACGAUCAAGGACGCCAUGCAGGUGGCCAGGGAGGUCGGCAUCCGGUACUUGUGGGUGGACAGUUUGUGCAUUGUUCAGGACGACAACACGGGCAAGAAGUUGGACACGAUCAAGAAGAUGGACCUGGUGUACAGCGCUGCGCACUUGGUGGUGGUUGCCGCCAGCAGCGCGGAUGCGUACGCAGGUAUUGCCGGCAUCCAUCCGGGAACUCGGGGGGUUCGCCAGCCCAUCGAGGAGAUUGCGCCAGGGUUCCGACUGGCUUUCAAGACACGAUGGCAGGAUUAUAUCAAGGAUGCCGUGUACUACACUCGCGGUUGGACGUUCCAGGAGACGCAUUUCGCCACCCGAUCUCUGAUCUUCAUAGGCGGGCAGGUCGUUUUCAGCUGUAAAUCCGUCAGUGAGUGGCAAGAGCACGUGUUUGAGACGGAGGCCGAGAUAAGGGGCAAGAGCGAGGAAGAGGGCCGUGGCGGCGGCCCCUUUGAGGGGGACGACAUCGGCAAUUAUGAAGGUCUGAUCCAAACCUUCUCGGAGCGCGUGCUCUCCUUUGACUCGGACGUCUACAACGCCUUUGCCGGGGUAGCUACCCAGCUCUCUUUCCGACUGAAGACGGACCUGUGCCACGGCAUCCCGACCGCCUACUUCGACUGGUUCCUCCUCUGGGGUCCGCUCUCGAACCAGGUCCGGCGACCCAAUGCCCCGAGCUGGUCCUGGGCCGGCUGGGUGGGCGGCUCGUUCCCUCGGAUAUGGGACUGGUACAACCGCAGCAUCCGCCGGGUCCAGAAGGCGAUCCGGAAGCGGACUUGGGUCAUCUGGUACCACCGGCUGAGCCACGACUCGACGCAAUGCUUCCUCGUGCACACGCACAACAAGGCAAGCGAAUCAUCCAAGAAGAAGCUGAAUUUCUACGGCGCCAAGUCCCACCCCCGCUUCGGCGACCUGGACUGUUCACGCACGGAGCCAACCGAGAGGAUCCUCAAGAUACAUGCGCCUACGCCUGCGCCGACGUACACGACCGACAUACUGAGCAAGCGGGCUGGAUCCGGAUUCCUGCAGUUCUGGACCGUCUCCCUGACGCUGAGGCUGGAUGAGCCGACGAGCAUCGCCGAGGACGUGGGCCCCGAGCAUACCCGGCGCCGGCUGGGGAUAUUCGGGCGCAGCGGGCACGAGCUGGGGACCGUCUCGGUGCAGGGGGACUGGGCCAAGAAGAAUGCCGUUCCAGUGGAAAGGGAGUUCAUCCUUCUCUGCGAGGGCAGGGAUGAGAGGGCCGAGGGUGGGAGGAUCGAUGAUGAGGAAGGAUGGAGGUACAUGGCCAUGCUUAUCGAUUGGCAUGGGGAGUAUGCGGAGCGGGUUGCAAUUGGGUCAAUCGGAAAGGCGGACUUGAAGGAGGCCCUUGGGGAUGGGGCUGUCUGGAAGGAGAUCAUUUUAGGGUGACGAGCUCGUUCUGUCAUCGAUAUAACAGCGUCAUGUCCGAGCUAUUCGAGGGGCAGAGCAAGGGGUAAAGCGUAGGAAAACGUGCCUGGUCCUGCUGAGACCACUCUCCAGCAGACAUUCUCUCUGUCGGUUGUCGGAAAUAUAACCUAUCAGCACACUCUACUGAGGACACACAGGACAUCAACGUAAGGAAUAUGAUACGAUUUGAUCUGGCACCCAUCGUUGGUUUCCCUCAAGGUAGGUAGAUAUAAUUAGAUAUACAUGACUAGACGGAGAUUCCGUUGCCAACUUCAAG